AUGGCAAAGAUCUACGAAACACUCCAGAAGUUACUUAUAAGCUAUGAAGAUUGGCCUAAAGCAAUUAUAACAGAACAAACAUUUAUUGACUCUGUGUUCAUUAUUCGUGGCAAAAAUAGAGGAAGAUCAGCAUGGCAUUAUCUUCUGGUUCCUGUUAACAAAGUUACUGAUCUAAAGGCUCAAAAGUCAGGUGCAAAUAUCGAUAUCACAAAAUUUGGUCGCUUGAUAGAAUAUCGUAAUAAUCGAGAUAAAGUUAUAACAUUGUCUGGAUGGGGAACUGAUCCACCUGGAAUAAUUCAAACAUGGAUUAGCGAGCAUUAUAAUUCAUCUCCUGCUGUUGAUGAAAGCAUUAAUUUGACAUACACAAACGAUGAUAUUCGACUGUGUACAAUGCAACGCGCUAUACCAAAACAGAUCUUAGGUUUUUUUCGCCAUUACUUCUCACAACAACCAUUCCAUUACAUCAAACUAAUGGAAGAUUUACCAUCGAGUUUAGCUCGUCGAGCAGGAUUAAAGAACUAUGACCGAGUUAUCUUUUUAAAUGGUAUCAAUAUUGAAAAUGAUACUUAUGAUCAAUUGUGGUAUCGUUUUGAUACUGAACGAGAUCUUCCAGUACAAAUGUUUGUCUGUAGCCCAGCUACAUAUGAACACUAUAAAACUAAUAAAAAGGCUUUUCAUUUUGAUCUUCCAACUAUCCAACGUUUAAAACCUGUAUAUGCAACAUCAACAUCGGAAUCUCAUACAGAUGUGCCAGUAGUUUCUAUUGAUAAUAAAAGUUUUUGUGCUGUCCAAUGGGAAAAUAGCAACAUUGUUUCUACAGUACCUCAAUCAGCGAUUUUUAAAUCACCUGAAUUUACUGAAUUAAAUGAUAUCUGUUUUAUUGAAACAGAAGGACAAUAUCGUAGAGGACAAAUUAUCUUUAAAGGUUCACGAAAUGAUUGCGACAAGUUGAGGACGGCUUCAGUUUCACCAGACAUUGGUGACACUUCGAGUAUCUUGACCGAUUUGUUCAUCAGAACAACUUCAAACGUUCUAGAUUCAACUACAAGUCCUAGCCCUGACCCUGAAUUCACUGAUGACAAGUCUGCACGUUCAUUAGAUACAACUAUCAAAUUAUCUUCACAAAAAUCAUCUCAGGUAUACGUUAUAUAUGAGUUAAUUAUUUUAUAA